UUCCGCGUCUGUGCGAGGAGUGGUGGCUUGGCUUGUAUUCGGAUUACUCUGCUCCAAUCCAAAGGUGUCAAUGGAUUCAUCUUCAAUUCCAUCUCAGUUUACCGUUUCCAGAAUUUCAGUUAGGGGAACUGUGGAAAACCCUCGAUGGGUUUUUCCCAGAUUUGUAAAAUUACAGCAAAAUUCAGCAAAACGCAGACUUUGGUCCAAAAACUUCUGUUUGACUGCUAACAGUGAAGGGUCUCGACGGGAAAUGCACGGUUUAGGCGACAAAGAUGGUGUGAUCAUUGUUGAUCAUGGCUCCCGGCGCCAAGAAUCCAACCUCAUGCUAAAUGAGUUUGUAGCCAUGUUUAGAGAGAGAACUGGAUACCCAAUUGUGGAACCUGCUCAUAUGGAGUUGGCUGAGCCAUCAAUCAAAGAUGCAUUCAAUUCAUGUGUGCAACAAGGGGCACAUCGUGUAAUUGUUAGUCCUUAUUUUCUCUCCCCAGGGCGGCAUUGGUACAAGGAUAUCCCAUCCUUGACAGCUGAUGCUGCAAAGGAGCACUCAGGCGUCUCGUACAUCGUAACUGCACCUCUUGGACUGCAUGAGUUAAUUGUGGAUGUUGUGAAUGACAGGAUCAAGCACUGCUUGAGCCAUGUAGCUGGGGAUGCGGAUGAGUGUGCAGCUUGUUCUGGAACUGGCAGAUGUCGUUUCUACUAGCUAUUCAUUAUGUGCUUGGCUUGUUCAGAUAUAUCGAAAUUACCUGGUAAGCUGCAAUUUAUGGCACCAUUCAAUUGAUCAACAGGCUCGACUUAUGAGGUGGUCCAAUGUAACAGUUUCUGUUGCUUGUUGAAGGCCUUGGCUGCGACAAACACGUUCGAGGGUCUUUCCCACCCACCCCGAAAGACACCAUAUGCUUCUUUUGGCUGAGGACGGAUAAGGUAUUCAAGCACUGGCAACUCUUCUCUAUCCACCCAAUGGAUGCAGUUUACAGGGCAUGAAUCAAUCGAUACCUAUCAUCGCUGCUUCCAUCAUUUUCCUUACGAGAAUGUUAAGAUGAAAUCAUGGACAGUAGCAUGCAUUCACAUGUCAACUCUUACUUUCUUUA